UGUCCAAAUCCCAUUCCUAUUAGCAGACUCUAUUCAUGAAAAACAUAAGAGGACCAGUCUAAUAUUCACAUGGCGUUGAAAAUGGCCGAUCAAGAACAAGCAUUACAUACACCCAUGGAAUGGGCACAACGAAAAGAUAGGGUGUUACUGACCAUUGUUUUAGAAGAUUGUAAAAAACCAAACAUAGAAAUAACAGACACAGGUUUACACUUCAAAGGCAAAGGAGGAACAGAAAAUAAACUACAUGAAGCAAAAAUAGAAUUUUUCAAAGAAAUAGAUAGCAAAGAAUCAAAGUAUGCAGUUUUACCUAGACAUAUAUCAUUGAUUUUAAAAAAGAAAGAUGCCACAGAAGAACAUUUUUGGCCAAGAUUAUUAAAAGAAAAAACUAAAGUACAUUGGUUAAAGACAGAUUUUAAUAAAUGGAAAGAUGAAGAUGACUCAGAUUAUGAAGGAGGAGGAGAAGGAGGGGCCGGUGAUAUGGAUUUAGAGUCUAUGAUGCAGAAUAUGGGUGGUAUGGGAGGCAUGGGAGGUAUGGAUGCAGGUGGUGAUAUGGAGAAUGAUAAGGAAUCCAGUGACAGUGAUGAUGAAGAUUUACCUGAUUUAGAAUAAAUGAAAAUCCAGUUUUAAUGCUACUAGUGACUGCAUUGGGGAACAAUAUACAAAAUAUGCUUAGAAUUCCUCCAAAAUUUUGGAUUAAUUGUCACAAUUAACAAAAUAAUCACAUAUUUAGAUUGACGUAUGCAGAAAACAGUUUUGUGCUGCCUCAGCCUGGACUACUAAUGUCCUUAUUACAGUAAAACCACUCACAUUUGUUUUUAUAUGAUUAAAUGUUCAUUGGACCAUGUCAAGUAAAAUUGAAUGUUUGUUAGUCUUUGUUUUAAAUGUUAUUUUUGGAUCAUGUUGUUUUGUUAGAAAUUGUAAGAAUGUUUAUUCACCACAAUGAUUCAUCCAAUAGAAACAUUUAUACAGCCUCAUACAUACUGAUCAUUCAUUCAACAAUACAAACAUUCUUCUGAUCUUAACUAUCAUCAACAUCGUCAUUCUGUUAUCGAUACUGCAAUUCUGUACCUACAUCAGUAGAUUUAUGAGGGGAAAACAAAAGAUAACAGAUGAUGGCAUAUUACUGGAAAUGAGUUAUUAUCUGAUUACAAGUUGAGCUUUAUCAACCCCAUCAAAGGUUCACUAGUAAUAAUUAGCAGCAAACAAAUAAAAAGUCCUGUGAACAACUAAUUUGUAUUAAUUAAAUGUAUACUUCUUCUUGAAAUGAAUAAAUAUUUAAAUUGAA